UACUACAAACUCCACAGGAACUUAUAUUUUGAAAAUAAGAUAGCAUUAUAUAGCUAAGCGCUGAGCAAAUGAGGGUAGUAGUCAACUUUCUGGACGCCCUUCGAAAGGUGCGGCUCAAGUUUGUCACCAGUAAUCAAACGCCACACAGCUUUGCAGCGCCGAAAUUGAAUGAAGGGGUCAAAGCCACGGGAGACAGGCGUAAGUGGAUCAAGAAUACCAGCAUUCGGAUAGACCAGGCGGAUGUGGUUCCUCAAAAUAUAUCGGCUGGAUCCGACUUGAUGUGGCAUAAUAUCAAGAGGGUGCUGCUGAUGUGUGGCGGGCAGAAGCAACCAGGAGGCUUUGAGAAUGCGAAACGGAUGAAGGAUUCCAGCGGGCUGGUUGGUGUCCUGGAGGCCCAGAGAUUCGUUAGCCAGGUGUUCUCAGCCAUGCAGGUGCCCAAGCAGGCGGCCAGUGAGAUGGCCGAUGCUUUGAUAGCCGCGGAUUAUAUGGGACAGCCCUCCAUGGGCAUCCAUAGAUUGCCCGCAAUUGCGGCAGAUCUUCUGAACUGUACUGUUGCGGGUGACGCCACGCCGGGAAUCGUGUCCGAAAAGAAAGCCAUCGCCCUAGUGGAUGGCCACAAUGCACCUGGACCCGUGGUGGCCAACUUUUGCAUGGAUCUGGCCCUUCAAAAGGCCCGGGAAGUGGGCAUCGGCUGGGUUUCGGCUCGCAGUUCGAACUGCAUUGGAUUUGCCUCCUGGUAUGCCUGUCAAGCGCUGGAGCAGCGAAUGAUUGGUCUAUGCAUGACGAACGGUGCUCCAACUCUGGUGCCUGCUGGUGGAAUCGAACCCGUUCUGGGGGAAAAUCCAAUUGCCUGUGCCGCCUCCGGUGUCCACGAACAAUUUCUGGCGGAUUUUGGUAUGGCCGCCUGUUCGGUGGAUGAACUGGAGCUAUCCUACUGCAAUGGCGGGUCAAAGGAAGUGCCCAAAUUAGUGGCUUUUGAUAGAAAUGGCAAGGAAACUACCUCAACAGAGGAGGCCUUGAGGGCCCAAAGAAUCCGAGCCUUUCAGCCGGAGCACAAGGGUUUUGGCAUGGCUGCCGCAGUGGAUAUUCUGUGCGGUGUGAUGACAGGUGCUCGAUAUGCAAAUCAAAUCCAGCGGCGUGGGGUCUAUAGUGCGGAAAAUGCUCCUGCGAAUCUGGGCCAAGUUUAUGUGGCCAUCGAUCCGAUGCGUUUUUGUCCCUCCUUCGAGGACAGAUUGGUCGACUUCCACCGGCUGCUGAGACAAGCGACGCCCAGCCAGGUGGGAAAGCCAGCGAUGGUGCCGGGUGACAAGGAGCUGCAGCACAUGAAGAUGGUCGACGAACAGGGUGGACUCACAAUGUCUCCCUGCACUCUGUCUGUUCUGGAAGAACUGGCCACAGAGUUUGGCAUCGAACCUUUGCAGAUGACGGUCAAUAAGUCAGGCGGCACAAGUUUGCCUGAAGAACUGCAAACGGCUUGA